AUGGUGAACAAACAUUGUGGAGCCUUCCAACUCUCGAAGCUCUCAAGCGAUCAAUUCAAGGCUUUGCGAUUCAUCUGUGGACUCCAAUCGCCGAGAGACGCAGACAUCCGUGCCAGAUUGAUUUCCAAGUUAGAAGCAGACGAGAUAGCGACCGCAACUGAAGGAACGGCAAGCAAAGUCACGUUGGAGAAUCUAGUGGAAGAAUGCCAUUGGAUGGUGAAUCUUACGCAGGAUACGCAGAUGGUGGAAAGCAAGGAUACCCGAUGUGUCAACGCCAUCGCUCGAAACCAAAAUAAGCCUGUGAAGAGGAUUCCCAAAACCCCCUGCUGGAAAUGCGGUGAUUUUCACUACAUUCGUGACUGCCCUUUCAUCGAUCACACUUGUGGGAAGUGCAAACGUCAAGGUCACAAGGAAGGUUACUGUUCCAGCGACAAGCCCCCCAUCUCGAAGAAGCCCACAAAUACAAAACUGAAGGAACAAUUGAAGUCCAGGAGCAUCCAUAUGGUACGUAACAUCAGCAGUAAGCGCAAAUUCGUUCCAGUUCAUCUCAACGGCGUCAAGAUUCAGCUCCAACACGAUUCCGCAUCUGACAUUACCGUCAUCUCGGAGCAGACAUGGAACAUCAUCGGAAGACCAACAGCUUUCGCCACUGAAGAGCUAGCGGUAUCAGCAUCCGGUGAUAGUCUCAAGCUUCUCACGGAAAUCUGGACGGACAUCACGAUCGGAGACGCUACCAAGAGAGGAGGAAUUUUUGUUGCUGAUAACCCCGAUUUGAACGUGCUUGGCAUCGAAACCAUGGACCUGUUCGACCUCUGGUCCAUUCCGAUCAACAACCUCGUAAGUUCAGUCACCCAACGGCCAGGAGAUUCCGUGGAGCAGCUCAAGCGACAGUUUCCUGAAGUUUUCCAAAGCACUCUCGGCCGAUGCACCAAAGCGCAGGUGAAGCUUUACGUCAAGCCAGAAGCACGUCCAAUCUACUGCCCGAAGCGUCCUGUAGCCUACGCCGCAGCACCAAAAGUAGAAGCGGAGCUCCAGCGUCUCGAAGACAACGGCAUAAUUUCUACUGUUCAAUUUUCUGACUGGGCAGCACCAAUAGUCGUCGUACGGAAAGCAGACAACAUCUUGGUUCGCAUUUGUGGAGACUAUUCCACCGGCCUGAAUGAAGCGUUGCAGUCCGACCGUCAUCCGCUGCCCCAUCCAGACGAUAUUUUAGCAGAGUUAGCUGGUUGCCGUUACUUCACCCAUCUCGAUUUGUCAGACGCCUACCUGCAAGUUGAGGUCGAAGAAAGUUCAAGGAAACUACUUACGGUGCACACUCAUCGAGGACUUUUCCAGUACAACCGUCUUCCACCUGGAGUCAAGUCGGCGCCCGGAGCGUUCCAGCGCAUAAUCGAUAGCAUGGUUGCUGGUAUUCCCGGAGUCAAACCCUACCUGGACGAUAUCCUCAUUGCUGGCCGAACCAGGGAAGAACACGACAGGUCUCUUCAAGCAGUUCUGGAACGAAUACGUGCGUAUGGUUUUCACCUGAAGAUCAAGAAGUGCCGUUUUGCAAUGCCGGAGAUCCAGUUCCUCGGGCAUAUCGUGAACAAAGAUGGCAUCCGCCCCGAUCCAGUGAAGACUGAAGCCAUUUCUUAAAUGCCCCCACC